AUGUUUGUAAAUGAAAAUUCUGACCCCAAACGUCUUCUAGGUCGUGCUAUAUUAGCACCAACUCUAGAUGUGGUCAACACAGUCAAUGAAUAUAUGAGUGCGUUGCAUACUGCCGAAAGCAGGUCAUACUUUAGUUCCAACGCAGUAUGCAAAGCUGAUGACGACAAUGGUAUAAUUGGAGAUGUACACACACCGGAAUUUCUAAACAGCAUUAGAUUUUCAGGUUUACCAAAUCAUACGCUGACUUUGAAAAUUGGUUCACCGGUCAUGUUAAUGAGAAAUAUCGACCAUUCACUUUGUUUGUGCAAUGGUACUCGGUUGGUAAUCACAAAGUUAGCAGACCAUGUUAUUGAAGUCGAGAUAAUGACUGGUUCUAACAAAGGUACAAAAGUGUUGAUCCCCCGAAUGUCCAUGUCACCCUCCGAUCCAAAAUUGGCGUUCAAGUUUCAACGAAUGCAAUUUCCGUUGAUGCUAUCAUAUGCAAUGACCAUAAACAAAAGUCAAGGACAAACGUUAUCUCAUGUCGGAUUAAUACUAAAGAAAUCGGUUUUUGUACACGGUCAGUUGUACGUAGCUGCAUCUCGGGUUAACAAUCUAGAUGGUCUCAAAAUAUUGAUAGUAAAAGACUCAAGUUCAACAACUACAUCAACCACUAAUGUUGUAUAUCAUGAAGUUUUCAAUAAUUUGUAG